GCAUCAUCAACACGUAUUUACCGUGACCGAAAAAUCUCAAAACAAAUAAUGAUUUUUCAACUGUGAUUUUACCCAACUAAAUACCAUGGGAGAUAUCUCUCAGACUUCUGAUUAUCAGAAUGAACUUUAUGAACUUUCUCAAGAUUUUGAAAGCUUUUUUAAAGUAGAUACUGCAAAGCAGAUUGCUGAGACAGAAUGUCUUAUUGAUGGAAUUUUAGCAAAAUUAGAAGAACUCUGUACUGUAGUUGAAAUGAUACGCAGUGAAUCGAAAGAUGUUUUGUUUACAAUACUCCCUGUUCUUCAUCAUCGAUGUCAAGAUCUAACAAUGAUUUUUAAACAAAUUGAUAGACUAGAAACAUUUAUGUCAAUGGUAAAAGAAUGUGUUGAAGACAAUGAGGAAAAAGUAAAGAUUGCAGAGAAAGAACUUGGUAGUAAAAACAUAAAAAAAUUACUGAACAAUGUUCCUGUUCCAAAGUUUCUUUUGAAAAGAAAAGAUAUACAGCUAUAUACAAAAAAAGAAGUAACGCCCCUCGACUACAAACAUCCGAAAACGUUUAGAACAGAAGAUUAUUUUGAACCGUAUAAAACUCUACAGAAGAAUACAACAGAAGAUACAUGAGCGUAUAUAUAAACUUGUAUAUGUAUAUUUUUUUCCAUCGCACGCUAUUUGCUUGUAUAAUAAGUUUUUUAUAAGAAAACGCAAAAAAAAAAAAAAUGAAAUAAAAAUUAAGUUUAAAAUUGUGACGUAAUAUUAUAUUCAGAAAAUGGUUAUUAUAUUGCUAAUAAAGAAAAAGGAUAAGA